ACAGUGAAGAAUAAUCACUCUUGAAAAGCUCCUCAAGCGAAGACGUUUUUACCUAGCUUAGAUAUUUAGUAAAUAUGGACGAUGUGAUGGACUCACUACAUGGCUUCGGUGUGAGCAGCACGCAAUAUCUGCAAACCCAUUACAAAGAUGCUCAGGGCUGGUUUCUCUUCAUCUCCUUCGCAGCAGACCUGAGGAACACCUUCUUCAUCUUCUUCCCCAUCUGGUUUCACCUGAAAGAAUCAGUGGGCAUUAAACUCAUCUGGGUGGCUGUUAUUGGAGAUUGGUUCAAUCUGGUCUUCAAAUGGAUCUUGUUUGGUGAACGUCCAUAUUGGUGGGUCCAUGAGACUUCAUACUACAUGAACAGUUCUGCUCCUCACAUCGAGCAGUACCCCAUGACCUGUGAGACUGGACCAGGUAGUCCAUCCGGUCACGCUAUGGGUGCUGCUGGUGUUUAUUAUGCGCUGGUCACCUCCAUCCUGGCCAUAGCACUGAGCAAAGAGAAGAAAUCAUCAUCAUCUAAGAGCCUGUACUUGCGUUCAUCACUCUGGACGAUCUUCUGGACAGUCCAGGUCUGUGUGUGUCUCUCUCGUGUCUUCAUCGCAGCUCAUUUUCCACAUCAAGUCAUCGCUGGCGUCAUUACAGGCAUGAUUGUUGCCGAGGCCUUUAACAGACAGCAGUGGAUCUACAGCGCCAGUCUGAAGCAAUACUUCAACACUACUUUGUUCCUCUUGUCGUUCGCUGUGGGCUUCUAUGUUCUCCUAAGGAUUCUGGGUGUGGAUCUCCUGUGGACUCUGGAGAAAGCUCAGAAGUGGUGCAUCAAUCCAGCCUGGGUCCACAUGGACAGCACGCCCUUCGCCAGCCUGCUGAGAAACAUGGGCACCCUGUUCGGUCUGGGGCUCGGCCUUCACUCGCCGCUCUACACAGAGAGCAAGAAGAUCAUCGGCACUCGGCUCAGGAUCGCCUGUAUCAUCUCGUCUCUGUUCCUGCUACACCUGUUUGACUCCAUUAAACCUCCAACACACACAGCUGCUCUCUUCUACCUUCUGUCUUUCUGCAAAAGCGCCACGGUUCCUCUGGCCACCGUCAGUAUCAUCCCAUACUGUGUGUCCGGAGCUCUCGCUUUACAAAGCAAAAAACUGAUUUAAGCUGAGUCAGACUAGUUUUCCAUGGAUCAUCCCAUCAGUCUGAGGAACAAUGCCAACAUGAACAACUCCUGUUUCUGAUGACUACAUGAAGCGCUGUUUUCUGUCGCUCAGGAUGAUGUUGUGCGAUAUGAAAAUUGCGUUUUUAUAUCUAAGAUCCUUUGGGUCUAAAAGAGAAAAUCUUGUAUUUGACAAAAUAGGUUCUUUUUUGAGAACUGAAAGAAUAUAAAUCUGUAAGAGGACAAAUUCUGUUCCCUGUAUGUGUAUUGACUUUUAAUGUUUUUUGUUUGUUUCUGUAAUAUUCUAUUUUUUUGAAAAUUCUUUAGUUAUUUUUAAUAAAACACUGAAAAUAUAA